AUGAGCAUCGUCGACAGGGAGGUCGCCGCCACCUCGGGGAUGUACAACCGCUGCACCUCGGGAAACGACGGGCACCCCACCGGGCCGGUGAUGUCCGUCACGAGCGAGGUCACCCGAAAACUCACCGAAGAUGAAGUAAUUGCGCAGUGCUUCGUAUUCCUCGUCGCCGGCUUCGACACGACAGCAAAUACCCUCGCUUACGUCUCGCACUUCUUGGCUCAAAAUAGGGAUGUUCAAGAUCGUGUGCGCGAGGAGAUUGACAGCGUCUGCACCACGGAGGAAGUCACCCACGAACAACUCUCCGAGCUGAAGUUUAUGGAUUGCGUGACGAAAGAGGGACUCCGCCUCCAUCCUCUGGCCACUGUUGCUCUCACGCGACUUGCCGAGAGCGACUGCGAGCUGGCCGGCAUCAAGAUCGACAAGGGGACGAUAAUUCAGAUUGACGCUUACACCCUUGGGCGCAGCAAGGAAAUCUGGGGUGACGACGCCGAGGAGUUUGUGCCGGAGAGGUGGAUGAACGCGACAUCCGAACAGAAAAUGGCUUAUCUGCCGUUUGGAUCGGGGCCUCGGAUGUGUAUAGGAAAUCGGUUGGCCUACAACGAAGAAAAAAUGGCGCUCGUCCAGCUUCUCCGCAAAUAUGAGCUCUGCCCCUGCCGCGGAGCUACGAACAUCGAACUCCGAGGCGCAAUCACGGUCACCCCCCUCUCCGUCGAUCUGCUCAUCAAAAAUCGAGCA